AUGUCACUCAGGCUCCUUCACCGCUGCGAAGACCCGCCGCCCGCUCACUGGGACCCGCCCGUCCUCGCCUUCCGCCGCGACCGUCUCCCUACGCUCCCCGCCGUCGAUGAUCAGAAACUCUUCGCGCACGCCCUGCGGCACAAGUCGAGCAUUCCAGAGUCUAACGACCCCGGCCCGGUUGUCCGCGAAGCCGCUGAUCUGCGUAGCAACCGCCGUCUCGAAUGGGAGGGCGAUACGGUCUUGUGCUGGUUCGCCAGCGUCGAAUUGGCUCGCCAGUUCCCGACUGCGGCAUCAGGAGACCUCAGCGCUUUGCGAUGCCUCGUCGUCUCGCACCGGACUCUCUCGCACCUCGCCUGGGCAUACGGUUUUGGCCGAGUACUCGAGCACAAUCCCAACGACGCACCGCACCGCCUCGCCGUCACGCACCAGAAGAUCCUCGCCGACAGCCUCGAGGCGUACCUCGCUGCUGCUUGUCACUUUCCGCUCAGCGAAGCCAAGUUGCGCAGCGUCGAGGCCUUCUUUCGCGAUUUGCUCAGCCCACAGUGCGCGGUUGGACUCGUUGAAGCGGCGGCUGAGAUCCGUGAGCGACGCUUGCGGACAGCCAACUUCGUUCCGCUCCUUUCGCCCACCGAGCCUACACCAGUCUCUGCCGCUCAAACAGACCGAUCGACCACCACGCUUCGCAGCAGCUCCCUCCCCUCGCCUCCUUUCUUCGAAACCGCAUCCGGGAUCGGCUGGCUCGAGACUCAGCUAGGCGGCAGAUGGGCAAUCUGGCUCCAGAUCGAGGGAGAGACGCUCGUCACGGCUGAAGGAACAAAGCGGCAAGAGGCGAGACAGCGGGUAGUCGGACUCGUGCUUACUCGGCUGUGGAAGGAUCCGCAGGGGCGGGCGGUCCUCCGUAACGCGCUGCGAGCGGAUGGCGGCGAGGAGCAAUAA